AUGACACCUGGACACCUCCUGGUCACGUGCCUUGCUCUGCAUCUCAUGAAAGGCGUGCUGGCCACCCAAUGCUGGCAGGGGGCCACCUUCUCUGAGUCCAUCGUGUCCCCGGACCUGAAGAGUAGCAGCAUCCUACGCGUCCCCAAGGUGACGUCGUUGGCCCAGUGCGCGGGGGCCUGCUGCGACCUGCCCGGCUGCGACCUGGCCUGGCUGUUGGAGCGCCGCUGCUACGUGCUGAGCUGCCAGCGCAAGGACAACUGUGCGCCCAAGCAGCGGCGCGGCGCCGACUCCUACCUAGCCUUCCUGCAACGCGGGCCGCCACAGACGCUCGUGCUGCAGUCGCUGGUGCGCGGCAGGGAGCCGUUUCCACCCGGGCGCUGGCCCCAGGUGCCAGCGCAUCACCGUGGCCUGCAGGCCUCCCUGAAGGACCUGGCUCUGCUGCAAGGAGGCGCAGGAGGAGGCGCAGGAGGAGGAGGAGAGCGGGACUUCGACGGCCAGGAGUUGGAGUACGCUGAUCUGUACAGGGGGCCAGAGGAGCAAGAAGAGGAGGAGGAAGAGGUGGGGGGAGAAGAGGAGGGCGAGGAGGAGGAGGAGGAUGUUGGGGAAGGCGGUUUGGGUACGGAGAGCCUGAAGGAGGGGUUGGUGGGGCUUCUGGACUGGCCUGAUGUUCAGGGAUCCAGAGAGGCCUUGAACCUGACGGAGAGCGAGGAUGGGAGGGAGAGGCAGCAGGCUGCGCUGAUGGAGUCUAACGGAGGAGGAGGAGGAGGAGAAGGAGGAGGAGGAGGAGUAGGAGCAAGAGCUGGGGAAGGAGAAGGAGGAGGAGGAAGAGCUAAAUCUGGGCCGACUGCCUUGUCGCAGGAUUUCAGUGCCGAUCUCGUCCAGCUGAGUCGAAUAAGCCAAACGAGGACGCCGGCUCCUGAUGCGAGGCUGCUGGCUGCGUCCACCAUGGCUACCGCGCACACCCCCCCUGUGGAGACAGUGCGGAGUCUGCAGGUGUCUAUUGAGGGACCUGUCGACGUCACCCUCCCUGUCAGCGAUGUGGAGUUGACAGCCUCCGUCACAGUAGCAGCAGAAACAGAAAAAGCAGCAGACCCGUCACAAUCAGUAGAAGGCUCCUCCUACUCCUACAGCUGGGCGUGGCUAAGCCGACCUGAAGACCAGCAGGGGGCGAUGGAGGGCCAGAGCAGCAGGACGCUGAAGAUCACCGGGCUCACCGCAGGCCUGUACGCUCUCAAGGUGACUGUGAGCGGAGAGCGGUCCCACGGGGAGGCAGCAGUCAACAUCACAGUUCACUCAGAUUCUGUGAAUAGCGCUCCCAAAGCUGUUGUCAACCCACCAACUCAGGAGUUGACCUUCCCAGUUGGUCUCGUCGUCAUUAAUGGCAGUGAGAGCGCAGAUGAAGACGCUGACAUUGUCAACUACCGCUGGGAGCAGGUGGGAGGCCCCCCGCUGGCCAACGCCAGUACUGCGGAUAGUCCUGUUCUCCUUUUACACAUCCUGGAGCCCGGGACGUACUCCUUCAGACUGACGGUGACAGACUCGAGGGGAUUGGCUGACAGCGCCACCGCCUCAGUGAUCGUGGCCAAUCGGAGAAGGGAUCUCCCCCCGGUGGCGGACGCGGGUCCUGAUGCGGUCGUCACCCUGCCUGUGGAUCACCUGGUAGUCAGGGGCAACCGCAGCACUGAUGACCAGGCCAUCACAGCAUACCUGUGGACACUAGACCCCAGCAGCCACAACACAGCGCCCAACAUGGAGGGAUUGCGUGAGCCGUUCCUGCAGCUGUCUGGUCUUCAGGAGGGCCAAUACACCUUCCUCUUGACCGUCACUGACUCCAGCGGCCAGCAAGAUUCAAGCCCUGUCACUGUCACCGUUCUACCGGUGAACGCUGCCCCGGUGGCUGUGGUGGGUCCAGAUCGUCAGCUCAUCCUGCCCGUCAACAGCGUCACUCUGGACGGCAGCAGCAGCACUGAUGACAGAGGCAUCGCCAGCUUCCAGUGGGACACCGUCAGUGGUCCACCAGGCACAAAAAUAGAGGACGCGAGCAGAGCAGUAACCACGGCGACUGGCCUCAGGGCGGGGAACCACAAGUUCCUGCUAACCGUGAAAGACCAGCAGGGGGCACUAGACAAGGCUGCCUUCACCGUCACUGUCAAAGAGGCCAGAAGCCUGCCCUUGGUGGCCCAUGCCAGCGGCAGUCACACGCUGACGCUGCCCAACAACUCCCUGGUGCUGCGGGGCUCCGUCUCCAACGCCGGCCCCACCAACGUCUCCUUCGUCUGGGUCAGGGAUGAGCAGAGCCCGGCCGCAGGGGACAUCCUGUAUAGUUCUGAGCGGUCGUGCUGCUUGUAUCUGGCCAACCUGGUGGAGGGUACUUACCUGUUCCAGCUGCGUGUGAGCGACGGCCUUGGGAGGUCCAGCUCCGCCACCGCCACUGUGGAAGUGCGUCCCGACCCGCGUGAGCGCGAGGAGGUGGAGCUUGAGCUGGCGGUGGGCGUGGCCCAGGUGAGUCAGCAGCAGAAGAGCACGGUGCUGCGCCAGCUGGCCGCCCUCCUGCACGUCCUCGACGCUGACAUCGCACUCAAGGGACUCCACGACCAAUCAGAUAUUAGCACGGUGAUGAGGUUCUCAGUGCAGGGGUCGGACGGCACAAUUCCCGGGCCGCGAUUGGCCAAGCUGCUGAGGAACCAGCUGCUGAAGCAGAAGACUGACUUCCUGCUCUUCAAAGUGCUCCGAGUCGACACCGUCAUGUGUUUGCUGCGCUGUUCUGGGCGAGGCCAGUGUGACCCUGUCAGUAAGAGCUGUGCCUGUGACCCCCUCUGGAUGGAGAACCCCUUCCAGCGCCUCCUAGAGGAUGGAGAAAGCAACUGCGAGUGGAAUGUGCUGUACGUCAUGGUGUCGGGGUUCCUGGGGCUGGUCCUCGUCCUCUCCGUCAGCUGGACCUGUCUCUGCUGCUGUAAAAGGACCAGACGCACCAAAGUAAGAAAGAAAACCAAAUACACCAUCCUGGACAACAUGGACGAGCAGGAGAGGAUGGAGCUGAGGCCGAAAUACCACAUCAAGCACAGGAGCACGGAGCACAACUCCAGCCUCAUGAUGUCGGAGUCGGAGUUCGAGAGCGAGCAGGACACCAUCUUCAGCCACGACCGCUCGGACCGGCCCCGCAACCGCUCCAACGGCGCCGUCAGGAACGGAGACGCCUUCAGCUUUCGCUCCGUGGACAGCUGAGCUGAGCCGGACCGGCCAGCCCGACAGCCUUCUGUCUCCCUCCAAAACACCAACACACAUGAAGGACUGCAACCUGUUUAUCAUCGACUUUCAAAUCUCUUCGAGAAUUGGUCUGACCAAGAGUAUAACAAUUAACAUUUCCCAAACGGCAUGGUUGACCCGCCUGCCUUGGUUUGCUACUGGUUGUUUGCCUUCCCGACAAAGUGGGAGGAGUUCCCGAUUUUUCCGUAGCUCGGAAACGAUAUUUGUAUUGCUCCUGGCCUGACUAGAAGCAUCGCUGAAGGUGUUGCGUCAAUAGGAGGGCGCGGCCUGGCUAGGACUGCUGUUCUCUCCCCAGGGGGUUGGCUAUCGGCCUGCUCAGGGGUCAAGGCCAUAGGUGCCGGAAAGGGGGAUGCAGUGGUGCAUUUUCAUCCCCACUUUUGGGCUCCCUAAAUGAGGCUUUCUCAACGUUUACUGCAGACAAAUGAGUGGAAUGCUGCAGCAGUAACAUUGUUAAGAAAUAAAGAACGAAGAAAAGAAAAUGAAAAACAGAAAAGAAAAUGCGCCACCACUUUCUCCCAGAGCCUACUCCUGUAUGUGGACACAUGGACUUCACUGGGUGGAGUAGUUCACACGAACAGACCAGAGAAUGUAAAUAAGAUGGACGCUCGCUCAUCUUGCAUAUGACUACUAACUUAAAAUGCUUGGAUCCCUGUCUCUCUUGUGCAUUGCAUAAUUAUUUCCUGAAACAAGAGAUCUGUCUUUAAAGUCAUUUUUGUAUUAUUUAUUUAUUUAUUUGAUUGGUGCAAUGUGCGCUGAGCUUACAAAGAACAUAAUCUAUCAAUUUAAAAUGUGUCCCUCGUCAAAAAAUAUAUGAAGUUCUCGAUUUGUAUAAAAUACUUGAAGUACAGAAU